AUGGAUCAACAACCUCCAUUGCCGACCUCGCUUGGCGAGGUAGAAUCAGAAACCUUGCAACGCAUCCAGAAAUCCCCCGAGGGAUGGCAGCUCGCCCAAGCCCUGCUGGACCGGCCAAUCAAAUCCACAACGGACGACCAGGUCAAGUUCUUUGGAGCUCUGACCAUCAUUAUCAAACUCAACACAGAGAGGACUGAUAUGCGGGUAGCUAAAUUCUCAGCUGUUCACAGCCAGCUCCUACAAAAUGCAGCCGACGUAUCUGCGCUUUUGCACGCCGGUCUCACUUCGCAAAUCUCAGAACCACACCGGACGUCUGACCUUCGACGAGAGAGUAUAAAAAGUCUCCAGUCGUGGGUGCUGUAUGCCCAGCGGUUGCCACAGGGUGGUGAAGUCCUCGUUGUACCUCUUCGUGCUUUGGUCGGUCCGGUGAUCUCGUGUCUUGAGAAUGAGGAGCUGUAUGAGGCAGCUAUCGAGCUUCUUAUCGACAUUCUUUCAAACUAUUCUUCAUUCUUUACCGGCGAGCACUAUGAGGCCAUUGUCUCUAUCUUCGAGAGCCCGUGGGGCGAACAGCGUCUUCACCAGCUCGUCGGAGGCGAUUUCGACUUUGAACCCCUUCAAUAUGGUUUACUUCUCCUUGCCUAUGGCGACGCAAGAGUGCAGACUCUCUUGCAAAGUCCGGACGAGCGAUCACAAAAAACAUUGUCAGCGUUGUGCUUGCUGUUAACGGCAGCGGGACAUCCUGUAGCUGAGGAUCUGAUAUUCGUUCCGGCUCUUGAGUUCUGGUCGACCUUCAUUGAGACGUUGAUCGACACUAUGUACUCUGACGAGGACGGGCACAAGCCCUGGCUCCAACCAGCUCUGUCAUUUGUCAUGCAGGUUGUGAGCCAUUGCUGGGAGAAGAUACAAUACCCGCCGAUCAAGGCAUUUAUGAGCUGGGAUGCGUCUGACAGGGCCGGAUUCAAGGAUGCGAGAAAGGACGUUGCCGACUUGUUGCAAACAGUAUUCGCUGUGGCUGGCCGCGACCUCUUGAUGCAUUUCUCAGAUCUGCUCUUGAGGUCGAUUUCAGAGAAGGCAUGGUCGCACAUAGAGGCAGCCGCUUUUUGCCUAGCAGCGAUGUCAGACUGCAUCUCAGACGACAGCGGCUAUGAUGAGCUUCUCAGCAGAAUCUUUUCGUCGCCAUUGUUUAAUCUGCUAGAGCUUGGAGAAUCUCAGCUGUCUGUUCGGCUACGCCAGACAGCCCUGACUCUAAUCGAGCGCUACUCCGAGUACUUUGAGCGCCACUCGGACAAUCUCCCGGCAGCAUUGAAUCUACUUUUUGAGGCAGUAUCAACGGCGUCUCUCACGGCUCAAGCGUCAAAGUCCAUAUCGACACUCUGCUCGUCAUGCCGUGCACUUCUUACCCCCGAGGCUGGCGCAUUUCUCCAACAAUAUCAGCUGCUCCAUGAUAACCCGCAGCUGGAUGCUCUCGCCGAAGAGAGAAUUGUCAAUGCAAUAGCUGCUAUCAUUCAAGCAACGACCGACGAGGAGACCAGACUCGGAUUGUUUGAACAGCUGCUGACUUUUGUCGUUCGUGACGUCGAGCAGUGCCUGCAGUUGAAGUCUGGUGAUGGCAAUUCUCUGGAUGUUGAAAGCCCUCUUGUGGCUAAGGCGGCAAGGCAAUUUCAGCAGCAACAAUCACAGGAAAACCAGACUGUGCCGUCUGUUGAUGAUGUUCUACUGCAGGCCGUGCUGAUUUCACUGCGGUGCCUAGCUGCUAUGGCACGUGGCUUCCAGUCAACCACUGAGGCUGUGGAUUUAGAUGCCGAUGAUACAACAAACAGCCGAGAGGCAUCUGCCUCAGGGAACUCUCGUCUGUUUAGCCUGCAGACAAACAUCAUGGCGAUGAUGGCUGCCGUACAGACCGCCUUUCCCAGAAGUGGCGAGGUAGUGGAAGUGGUUUGCAGCAUCCUCAAAGCGGGCUUCUCUGAGACAGAGUCUGGCCCGUUUGUCUUCCCACCCGCGAUGGUCACGGAGUUUCUUAUACGGCAAAAUUCGCAGACCCCAUACAUUGGUUCCAUCGUCAAUACGUCGUACUCGUUUGUCAGUUCUCUGCACAAGAGUUCCGACCAUGAGGCUAUGCUGAAAAGCCUGGGGUCUUUGAUUCCUUGGGCAAUUGGACUUUUGCAAAUGCUUCCAGAGCCCGAUGUAGAUACGGAGCUCACACAGAGGGGAAUUGAGUUUAUCGACCGUGUGCUUCGGAAGAGUCCGGCCAUUGUGUUGCAAUUGCAGCCAACAUCACUGUUAGAGUUCUUCUUCAUGUUCACCCUGAAGGUCCUCGAUAGCCGUGAGCCCUUGCCAAAGGCGGCCUCCGCUGAUUUCUGGACAUCGUUUAUUACUCUGAAACCAGAGGAUACAAACCUACAGGCCGCUGUUGGAAAUGCCCUAGAGCACCUGGGUCCAUUGGUGGCACAGUCGUUGAUGCAGAACAUCGGCGGCAAUGCAUCUCGGAGCGAGCUGGAUAAACUUAGCGAGCCGCUUAAGAAGCUUGUUGUUCAGCACCCUCGGGCGUCGACGUGGCUCGAACAGGCAUUGAUGAGCCCCUCAUUUCCUAGUGACCGCGUCACGGCUGCGGAAAAGGCAUUUUUCUUGAAAAAGAUCAUCAGGUGA